AUGGCUACCGUCAACAUCGGCGCCUCCAAUGCCGGCGACCAGUUCUACCGCUACAAGAUGCCCGCGAUCCAGUCCAAGAUCGAGGGUCGCGGUAACGGCAUCAAGACGAACAUCCCCAACAUGGUCGACGUCGCCAAGGCUCUCGCCCGCCCGCCCACCUACACCACCAAGUACAUGGGCUACGAGCUCGGCGCGCUGACCAAGUGCGACGAGAAGAGCGGCACGUACAUCGUCAACGGCGCGCACUCCGCGCAGGUCCUCGCGCAGCACCUCGAGGGCUUCAUCAAGCGCUUCGUGCAGUGCCACAGCUGCGGCAACCCCGAGACGGUCAUCAACAUCACCAAGAAGGACACCAUCCAGCUCAAGUGCAAAGCCUGCGGCUUUGUCUCCGACGUCGACAUGAGGCACAAGCUCACGACCUUCAUCCUCAAGAACCCCCCGGAGAAGGACAAGAAUGCCUCCAAGAAGGACAAGCAGCUCAGGCGCGCCGAGAAGGAGCGCGAGGAGGAGGGCGCCGAGCUCGACAGGCAGGCUGAGGAGGAGCGCCGGCGCAAGAAGGCGGAGAAGAAGGAGAAGAAGGAGGGAAAGUCCAAGAAGGAGAAGAAGGAGAAGAAGGAGAAGAAGAGCAAGAAGUCCAAGGACGACGACGACGACGACGAGGCAUCCGGUUCCCCCAAGCGCGACUCCGACUCCGAGCCCGAGCCAUCCGACGACGACGACGACGACACCGUGUGGGCCACGGACACCUCCGCCGCCGCCGCGCUCGCUCGAGCCAAGGAGCAGCUCACCGACGCCUCCGCCGCCAUGGUCACCGUCGCCGACGACCUCGAGAAGAAGGUGGCGCUCGAGGAGGCCGCCAAGGCAGCCGCCGAGGAGUCCGAGUCCGAGGAGGAGGAGGACGAGCGCAUCGCCAAGCUUCGCGGAUACAUCUCCAAGCACGACGCGGCGGAGACUGCGGAGUAUCUCGUGUCCGACAAGCUCGGCGUCGAGUCGAAGGAACUCGGCGUGCACUUCCUCGUCGAGGCUCUGCUCGACGAGGACGAGCCGCUGGUGCCGCAGGUCAAGGCCAAGAAGGCGUACAUGAUCGCCGCGUGCGGCCAGGAUGCCAAGCUGCAGAUGGCGCUCACCUGCGCCCUCGAGCUCUUCAUCACGGAAUCCGCCCCAGAGGAGUUUAAGAAGUACGUCGAGAUCCUCAAGGUGCUCUACGACGAGGACGUCCUCGAAGAGGAGAUCAUCCUGAAGUGGGGCGCGGAUCCCAAGUCGGCCGCCAGGUUCGGCGUCGAGCUGGAGACCAGUCAGCUCGUCCGCAAGCAGGUCAAGCCCUUCCUCGAGUGGCUCGCCACCGCGGACGACGACUCCGACUCGGACUGAAGCCGGAGAAGUCACGAUGACACUCGCGCACAACACACCAACACAAACACAUUCUUUGUCGCAUGUACAGAGCCGUUGUAGGACGCUAACACUGUCUCUUUUAAUAUUCGACCCAUCAAGUAAGACUC